AUGUGGGAACAGCUACAGGCCCAGCAUGGCCCCGAAGCUCCAAAGCCCAGACCACUGUCUGUUCGAGGCACAUUGGUGGAGGGACCCAUCUGCCCCGCCCCGCCCCCAAGAUGCCGACAGGAAGGGAGAGAGAGGCCUGGGAGGGGCCGAUCAGGCCCUGAGGCUGCUGCAGCAGGCCUCCCGGCAUCUGUCCCCCAGGGGGACCUGCUGUUUCUGUUGGACAGCUCGGCCAGCGUGUCUCAUUAUGAGUUUUCCCGAGUUCGGGAGUUUUUGGGGCAGCUGGCGGCCCUGUUGCCCCUGGGCCCUGGGGCCCUGCAUGCCAGCCUGGUGCACGUGGGCAGCCAGCCACACACCGAGUUCCCCUUCGGCCAGCACAGCUCAGGCUCGACUGUCCAGGAUGCCAUUCGUGCUGCAGCCCAGCGCAUGGGUGACACCAACACUGGCCUGGCGCUGGCAUACGCCAAGGAGCAGCUGUUUGCCGAGGAGGCGGGGGCCCGGCCGGGAGUGCCCAAGGUGCUGGUGUGGGUGACAGACGGCGGCUCCAGCGACCUCGUGGGGCCCCCUAUGCAGGAGCUGAAGGACCUGGGCGUCACUGUCUUCAUUGUCAGCACUGGCCGCGGCAACCUCCUGGAGUUGUCGGCCGCGGCCUCGCCCCCCGCGGAGAAGCACCUGCACUUUGUGGAUGUGGACGACCUGCACAUGAUCACCCAGGAGCUCAGGGGCUCCAUUCUUGACGCGAUGUGGCCGCAGCAGCUCCGUGCCUCUGAGGUCACGUCUAGCGGCUUCCGUCUGGCCUGGCCGCCCCUACUGACCCCGGACUCGGGCUACUACGUGUUGGAGCUGAUGCCCAGCGCCAAGUCGGGGGCCGUGCGCCGCCAGCAGCUGCCAGGGAACGCGACGGGCUGGGCCUGGGCCGGCCUCGACCCCGACACGGAAUACAACGUGGAGCUGAUGCCGGAGUCCAACGUGCGGCUUUUGAGGCCACAGCACCUGCGAGUGCGCACGCUGCCGGGUGAGGCGGGGCGCGAAGGGCGGGUUAGGGUUCGCCAGGGUGCUGGGCCAGGGGCGGGUGGGCGGGGGCGCGAGGCCCUCGUGGAGGACCCAAAGCCCCCUGGGGUGCUGUUGGAGGUCCCCCCCACCACGGGGCCCCAGACACCCCCGGGCCCCGCGCCCGCCCCGGCGGAGUUCUACCCCGCAGAUCGCCGCAUCCCGCAGGCUCUUCCUCCCGCGGCAGCUCCCUCGGUCCGGACCCCGCGCAUCAAGAGCUCCUGA